CUUAUACGUCAUAAUGGAUAUACGUCAUAAGACGCCAAAAAAUUUACCUAAUGAACGCUAUUGUUGUUUGUAUUGUGAGAAAUUUUAGUUCUGCCCUGAGGUAGCUGAUGUAAAGAAUAAUCAGAAUAUGAGAUGCAUAACUCCAAAACGCAUAAGCCUCAUCGACCUCGACACAAGGAUGUUUCCAAACAGCACAAUUCAAAACCAAAAAAGCAUCAUCGAAAACAUCAUCGCUCAAAAAACGUCCUAGACCCCAUACAAGAGACAUCCGUAGAGAAAAUACAUGUAGAUCAGAACGCUUGUGGUGAUUUUGCAAAAGAUAAUGUCAAAAACGUUGCUAAAGACAAGCAUAGAAGAAAGAAAAAAGUAAAAAAUAGUGAAAAGUUAGAAAAAAACUUGAUUGUGGCACAGGGAUCUGUUGAGAAUGAGAGUAAUAAUUUAUUAAGCAAGACUAGAAAUUUAUUUAGAAGAGAAAAAUCGUUUGAAGAGUCUCAUAAAGAAGAGAAAAAGGAAAAACAGCAUUAUAAAAAGAAACAAAAACACAGAGAAAAACUAGAUGAAAAAGAACUAACAAAGAAAAGCAAAAAAUCUGAAGAACGCGCCCCCUCAAAAAACAAUAAAGAAAAGUCUGAAAAACAUACGAGUAGAAGAAGACAUGAGAAACCUUGCAAUACCGUUCAAGAAGUGAUCUUCUGUCAAACCCACCAAGUGCCUUUAGUGAUGAGGAACGAUAAAAAUUCAACUGAAGUGAAGGACUUGUAUAAAAGACUAAAAAAUGAGAAAGAUCAUAAAUUGUGCAGAGAAAUAAAGGAGCAGAUAGAAAAUAAGAAGAAUGAAAAGAAUGAAAGUAGGAGAGAGUCAAAACAUUUUGGAUUGAAGAGAAGUUGUGUUAGUCGCGAUUUUAGAGAGAAUAAAGAACGUUCAACAAGAAAUCAUAAAAGAUGUAAAUCAGAGGAAAAUAAUGACAACGCAAUUAAAGACCAAAAUAAACAUUCAGAAAACAAAAAAGCACGAAAGACAAGUGCAGAUAUACAAAAAGAAGACAAAAAAUGUCAUCAAGACCAAUCCACAACCAUGAAAGAAGAAGAAAUACGAAAAAUUGUCGAAAGCAAUAUGAAAAACUAUUUUGCCAAAUUUCAGCAUAUUCUCGAUAAAAAACUGGAUGGUUUCAUGCAGUUUGCUAAAAAAGAUAACGAAAAAUCCAUCCCAAAACUAGAUGAAAACGAACCACCAAAAUCUAAAACCAGAGAAAGCAAAAGAAGUGAUUCUGCUGAUGUAAAGAAGGAACGAAAAUACAAAGACGAAAUUGUGAAUGAAGUACUAAAAAAACUACGUAAAGAAGAAAGAAAAAAACAUAAGUCUAGACAUGAAGAAAAGAAACGUUCACAUAUAACCCAGCUAGAAACAGAAGAAAAGAAAAUAGAAGUGAUAAAAGAGGUAGAAAGUCCAAAAACUCACGUUGAGGUUGUUUCAGAAAAAAGAAGAUUACAUAGGAGUCCACACACGAAUGCUUCAACUAAAAACGAACGACUUCUUCCAAUUUAUUCAUUUGACACGCAUUAUAUUUCUCCUUUGGACUGUACAACAUGUUCUGAGAAACCUUUGAGUUUUCCUUCAAAGACGAGCUACGAGAACCAGAAAACUGACUUGUUUGUUAGUGGAAAAGGACGAAACAGGGUAUCAACAACGAACACAGACAGAUCGUCGCUUGAAAAUCCUCAAAGUCAUCAUCCAAAGUGUAGAUACGAAAAUUAUCCAUUUUGUUGUCGAGAAUACUAUAAUUUUUCAAUCAAAGAAUCCAACAGGGUUCAUAAGGAAGCUAGAAAACUAGAAACUGCGGAAAAACUUACUAUCCAAGAGCUGAAACCUCUAAGUUCAGAAAACUCUAAGAAAAAUAAAGAUCAUACGAAGAAAAUGGUAUCUAAAACGCAUCAUAUAGUAGGAAUACCACCUAUAGACACUUUUAAACCUUCUGUGGCUGUAGAGACAGGCAAAUCUCUUAAAGAUACUGAUCUUGUUGAAAAAAGGAAGACUUCUAGAAGGUUUAAGAUGUAUUAUAAAUAUUCAAACGUACAAACUUUGAAGGAAGAAUGUCACAACUUACUGAGUGACAGUAACAAGGAUGUCACUAUUCCUCUAGAGGAAGAAGUGGAACAAGAAGUCUUUACGAAGAAUACUACGAUAUGCACGAAGCUACAUGAAUGCUAUUUUAAACCUUUGGCCAGCAGUCAUUCAGAAUACUGCUUUGAUUUACGAAAAAAGGCCAAUUCUGAGCAAUGUCAUCGAUAUAAUCAUGUAAAAUAUGAAUCAAUAGCAAAAGAUUCUAAAAUUAGUACAAUCAAAUCAAAAUCUGAUGUUUUACUAACAAUAUCUCAUGAGAAAAACACUUUACUUUUCAAAACCGUUUUAGAUUCCUUAAAACGUAUCGAAAAAAGUUGUAAAUAUAACAAGGAAUGUCAAGUUUCUGAUAUAAAAUUGACUGAAGUAUCUCUUACUGACGAAAAAUUAGAAGAGUUAGAAGAAAUAUACCAUGCAGAUAUUAAAUAUCCAGAUUUUAAAACAAAUGAUCCAAAAGAAGUUUAUGAUGUCUUUGGUUCUUCCUCUAAAAGCAAUGUUACCCAAGAGGUCACUGACUCAAAGAAAAAUAAAGAUCCCUGUGAAAGAUGGGCAGCAGAAAAAAUUGAUGUAGCUGUUGGGUCUAGGAGUAGGAUUACAAAAAAUACAGUCACUAAAGAAGUGGCUGUAGAAGCAAAAUUAAAAACGUCGAUUCCAUUGAUUCGACCACAGAAGAGGGUUAAACAGCUAAAGAGUGUGGCAAUAUCGCCUAUUUAUAUUACUGAUCAAACAGAGAUGAAAGAAGCCUAUCAAGUAGAGGCACCAAAACUAAAAGUUUGCACGCCAAGAUCUCCGGUGAGAAAACAAACUCAACAAAAAUCGAGAGAAAGGAGUUCAAAUAAAAAGUCUCCUCCACGAACACUCAAUAACAACUUUGAACUGACGUGUCCCCAAACAGUUUUAACUGUAGAAAAGCACGAGAUCUUUGUUAAUAACAACGAUAAUAUGGAUCAAAAUAUUAAAAAUAAACUACGUAAAGCAAAAACUCCUCUAAAAGAUCGAUUGACUCGAAAAACUAAAGAUAAAGUAAUGAAAGAUCAUAACGUACCUACAGAUACCUGCCUGAAUGCUUGCUUUCCUCAUUCACCAAGAACACCAAAGACCCCAAACAAAAAAGAAGGUAUUGUCUCUCGGUUUGGUGCUAUCACAAAACCUCUAGCCGUGCUUCCGGUGAUAUGGAAGCAAAAGAAAGGAGAACUGAAAGAAGUUAAUGUUAGUUCCACUUCUUCUUCCCUGAGUGAUACUUUAGAAAACGUUAAACGAAGCCAGUCUUUGAACGACAUCAAAAAAGAGAAGAAAGAAGAACCUAGGUCAAAAACCACUUGCGGUACUAAAAGAGGGUUAAAGGAAUUCCACGAUACAUGUGGAAGUUUUAUCAGUAAUAACAUCGAAAAAUUCACUAACAAACCUACAGUAAAUCGUUCUCAAGGACUCGAAAAUGAUAUAGAAAAUAAACUUACUGGUAGAUUAUUCUUGACAAAAGAUUACAAAACUGGAGAGAUCAGCUCGUAUCAGAGAAGAAAACUGUAUGACCAGUCCAUCAGGAAAAGAAUGAAGAGAAAAUUUAAAUUAUCACGCAUGGAAAUGACCCCUCAAGUUUUUGAAGUUCGUUUCCUUUCAAUGAUCAACCAAGACAACCUUUUGAAGGAACGAAAACGUCCGAUAUCGCCUAUUUUCCAUAAAAAAGAUAACUGUGUUGUAAAAAAGAGUGACAAGCUUGAUAGAGGUGAUAAUAAUCGCGAAGAAGAUGUUGAGCAAAGCAAAGAGGCUGUAGAAGCUGUAAAAGAUGAAGAAUCCUCUGUAACUAAGAUUUAUUUCAAUAAGGAACUUAAGGAGCAAGAAGCUUUAGUGGAGUUAUGCAAGAAGUUAUUAAAACUAAACAAGACUAAUGAGCUUCAGGCUGUUCUCAAUGGAAACAAGUGCUUUUGUAGCUCUUUUACACAAAACUGUAACGGAUGUCAUGAGUUUAUGAGCUUUUUGGAUCUUUUACACAGUUCGAUGUCCAAUUAUUGUACAUCGAGCGGAUUGGAAAAGACCAAUAAGGAAGAGAAGCCUGGAAUAUGUUCUGGUGGAAAGUUUGGGGAGGUUUUUCCAGGUAAUUUUGGUUGUAACCGAUCGCUUUCGUGCCAGAGUUUCGGUAUUUCUGAACAGAAUAAUUGUUUAAUCCAACCAAUCAGUUGUCCUAUGUUAUUUGACAACAGCACAUCGUUUGAUUAUCUCUACGAACAUUCUUCGGACUCCAACAAAAGUGAAACCAGUGAGAAAUUUCUUCAAAGUUUUACAAAAGUCGAGCACAACUUCGACAUGGAUAUGAACCAGUACAACGUGGAGAAUUCAUGUUUUUAUAUGUCGAAAAGUACCACCGAAAGCGGGUAUUCUAGUAUCAAGUCGAAACAGAAUUCUUGCAGCAGUUUUUUCAAGAAAUGCAAGAUCAUUACGAUGUUGAAAUCGAAGAAGAGUUCGGAAUUGAAUGUUGUUACGGAUCUGCAGAGUGAUUGCUACAGAAAAAUGUCUGAGGAUUGUCAAAGUUACGCAAAAAAAGUUAGGGAAAAUAGCGAGACUAAAGUGAACAACAAUGAGGAGGUUUUUCAGGAGUUUUCUUUAAAUAUUAUGUUGGCGAAUGACUAUUUCUUGGCAUCAUCAGAAAACGAAGAUGAUUUCCUGUUGGUUCAAUUUGACAAGAACAAUUUUGUUUUAGAGAACAAUUGUAAACUAGUUUUCAAUAACCAAGCUUUGAAUUUAGAUGUUUUCAUGUAUUUAGAAAGUGAUGUUUGUGGUAAGAUUCACCAGAAAGCUGAACAAAAAUUUAUAAACAUGAUAAUGCAGGCGUAUGACAAAGAAUUUGCUUUGUGUCAAUCGUUUUUGAAGAAUGGGGAAUUUCUGGAAACAGUCCUUGUACCUGCUGUCAUCUCUCAAAAACGCACAACAAUUAAAAAGGCAAGAAGUGAGAAAUUUAAGAGUUUUUUUACGAGAAAAUCAAACGAAAGUUGUAUGGAGUCCAAAAUAUUGAUGACGCUAGAUGAAAUGAGAGUUAAAGAAAUGGUGGAAAAAUUAGCGUUAGGCGCCAAAAAAGAUUUUGCAAUGUUGGCAGCGGCGGUGAAAUCGAACGGAAAUAUCGAUGAUGGAAUUAAAAUUUGCGGCCUUUUGAUGUUGCUUGAAAGGUUGUGUUCCGGACAUUUCGACCUUUUGCAGAUUGAUUUAAAUUGUGAUUCUGCAAUUGAAAUUGAAAAAGAAAUAACGGAUCUUUUUGUCAAAGUUUUCAUAUUGAGUGAAAAAGAAGCCAAAAAAUGCAAAAGGCAGAUUGGGUAUCGAGAAAUGAAAUUGCUGGAAACGUUAAUUUUAAGGCACAAGAUGUAUUUUCUGUUGGAGAAUGACCUAAUUGCAAAAUAUAUAGGACGAGGAGAAAUUACUUCAGAAUCUCAAUUGAAAGCUGCUGUAAGCUAUCUAAUGCGUAUAUCAAAGGAGUUUAACAUAGAAGACUUCAAAAACCUGAUUAAAACUACCUAGAUCAAUCAAAAUAUAAUAUCAUAAAAUACGAAUACAAAAUUCCUUAUUAAAUAAGACCAAUUUGAAUUAAUAAAAUAUAAAUAAUAA